AUGAAAUUUCAGCUAGUGUUUGCCGCGUUUGGAGCGGAAUGGUGCCCCUACUCACGCCAAUUGAAACCAACAUUUGAAGCUGCGGCUGCUGACUACAAAAUGCAACAUCCAACAGACGAUGUUGUUUGGGCCACCGUCGACUGCGUUAACCAGAAAGAUAUCUGCGAGCGUUUCUUUAUAACUAAAUAUCCGACCAUGAAGUUAUUCGUCUUUGGUGAUAUGCUGCUUCAUGAAUACAGGUUGGUUUCUUGUUCAUACUCUGAUCAACCAGUUUGA